CAUCCGGUUAGCUUGUUCUUUGAUCAAUGGCAACUAAAACUAGUUCUUGUUCCUCUUCUCUGAGUCUCUUCUCUUCUCCUUUGACUAUUGAGCAACUUAUUGAUGUACUUAAUCUGUUGAAGAGAUGUGGUUUCCCUCAGAGGAGAUGGAAGGAACUAGGACUGACACUAGGACUACUCAUGGACUCACUGGACGCUAUUGCAGAAAACUACUCAAAAGUAGAAGAUCGUUUUAUUGAAUGCAUUGCCAGAUGGUUGCGUAGAGCUGAUAAUGUCGACAGUAAAGGAGGAGCUACCUUUGACUCACUGUCAGAUGCUCUUAAAUCUAUGAAUGAGAAUGCUGCAGCUGAAAAUUUAGAUCAAGAAAACCAAUCCUUCAAUGAUGAUAAGAAGCUUAUUAAAGUUUUUAUUCCUGAUAAUGAUAUGAGCACUGAUACAUUAAGCACUGGAACAACUGCACCAUCACUUACUCCACCUAAUACACCAACUGUUGAGAUAGCCAUUCCUAAAUGCAUGAGUCAUGAAUUCACUUCAAUACAAACGUCUUAUGGUCGAAUGUUGUACAAUGUUCAUAAAAUAAUAAAGAACAAGCCACCACCAUUAGAUGAUGUAAAGGAAUUUUUGCGUUGCUGUAAGAAAGGUCUGGAAUCAAAGCUGUCUUUGUGUUCCAAUAUCACUGAAAUAUUAAGAGUAGUAGAGAAGGAGUGUUCGUUGAUUAACGUCAGGCUGCUUCAAUCAUUGGUUGAAGAAUUUGGAAUCAAAAAAGCUGAAAAAUACAUCACAGAAUACAACAGCAUUUUAAAAGAGUUUUGUCGUACAGUAAAAAUUAGUCUUUGCUUAAAUGAGAAGUUUGAAGCAUUAGGAGGUAGUCCUUCUCUUCAAUGUGAAACAGUUACAUAUGUCUUUGACUGGGAACCAGAUGAGCACAUGCUACAAGAUAUUGAGCAAAUCAUUUCCAAGACGUCUGGUAAACUAAAUGGUCUAAUGAAGCUUACUGUUGGAUACUGCACAAUAUGGAAGAAACAAAAGAUACCAUGUGAGAUAAAGGAACAACCUCAUGAUACAAAGAGACAAAAAGAACUUAAAAAAACUGCACAGCAACUAACAAACAUACUUAGUGAAAAAGAAAAGGAAUUGAAUAAAAUUAAGGAAAAAAUACAAGAAAUGUCAUCACAGAAUGAAACUAAGGAGGAUCAAAAUGAAGAGGAAUGUACACUAGUGGAAAUAAAGGAAGUAAAAGAAGCAACCAGUGAUUUGGAAGAAAAACUACAAGGAAUGAAAAAAGAAUAUCACAUUAAAUGUCAUACAGAUUCUACUUCAGCAUCUUACAAAAUCAUAAAGGGAAUGAGAAUGGAAAUAGAACAAAUAUUAAAAAAUAAAACUGGUUUACUGGAUCAGAAUGAAUCAUUAAUAGAUAUUAAGGGAGAAGGUUUACUGGAUCAGAAUGAAUCAUUAAUAGAUAUUAAGGGAGAAGGUUUACUGGAUCAGAAUGAAUCAUCAAUAGAUAUUAAGAGAGAAGGUUUACUGGAUCAGAAUGAAUCAUUAAUAGAUAUUAAGGGAGAAGGUUUACUGGAUCAGAAUGAAUCAUCAAUAGAUAUUAAGAGAGAAGGUUUACUGGAUCAGAAUGAAUCAUUAAUAGAUAUUAAGGGAGAAAUAGCUGAACUACAAGAACAGAUAUCAUUAAUGAGUGUACAUAUACUAAAUAAAAGAGAAGAGAAUGAAGGAUUAAUGUAUAAAAUAAAAGAUUAUAAAAGAGAUACAUUGAAACUGAACCAGAAAAUAUCCAGUGAACAGACACUGGAUAAAAGAGAAGAGGGGCAACAGGCUUUUCAUCGAGAGAUAAAGGAACAGUUGGAUAGACUAAUAAUAAACGUGGAAACAGUAGAACCACAUAAAACUAAAUUUGUGUUUCAAAUUUCAGAGCAUUAUAGUUUUGAUGAAAUGAGAGGAAAAUUUGGAACUUUCUAUUUCAGAGUCACUUGACUGGUAUCUCACACCAUCAGAGUGAACCAACUUGAAGAUUUCAUAGAAUUUCUUGAUGAUUGCUAUCCUGAGCUAGGUCCUAACCUAACCUCUGCUGCUACAGUGAAAGAUGUCAUGAAAGUUAUUAAAACCAAAUGCAAUGUCAUCAAUAUUGCACCAGUAGAGGUAGCAGUCAGUUUCAACAGUAAAGUAGAAACUGAAGCGAAGCCAUUGAUAUCUGAUUAUAAUGCAGCUGUCAAUGAGUUCUGUCAUACUUUCAAGCUUCAAUUCUUGCUCGAUAAAAAGCUUUCAACAAGCGAUUUUCUUGUUUGUGAAACAAUUGAGUUUGUUCUAGACUGGGAUCCUGCUGAGCACUUAUUGAAUGAUAUUCGUCGUUUAACGGAGAAAUCAUUGCAAGGAUUGAGCAGAAGGAUCAUAGUCAAAAGCAUGCAUAAAGGGAACUCUGAAGAAGUAGGGAACUAAAGAAGCAGGGGAAUUAGUAAGGUGAUCAUGUAUUCAUUCGAAGAGAUUGUCCAAGUCAUUCCUAUUUUAUCCAAGUUAAACAAUCACUGCUUAUACACAAUAUCCUUGUUUUGUAAAUUUAACAAUAA